AUGCACCAACUUACGCCUGCAACCCGUGGAAAGCGCCUAAUGCAAAGGAUUCACACACUCCAAUCCGAAGAUGGAGGAAGUGCAGGCGGGGAUUCAUUCGAUGAUUUGGACUUCCCCAGUGUCCAUCAUGACGAGGAAGAGGAAAAUCCCACUUCAUCAGAACCUGCCGAUAAAAAUCUCUUAUUCGUGCCAGGUUUUCAUGAACUCAAAUUGGGUGAAGGAGAGAAACCACCACAUGAAAAGGAUGCUGUUGAGAAGAUUAAAAUGCGUGCUCGAUCACAAAGUUGGAUGAUACGUACCACCAAAAUUCUACACGAAGCCAAAGCAAGAAACAAAUCCGCUCAUAUCAACACUGAUGCUCAUCUUCUCUUUCGCACUUUUCAUACUGGCAUUUCCAUUGAGCCUAUUCUUCUGGAAUAUCAACGAGCUGUAAUCUUCCGUGUCGGACGUUUGAUCAAAAGCGGAACGAAAGGACCAGGAUUAUUUUUUAUUCUACCAUGUAUCGACACAUGCAAAAUAGUGAGUGCCCAUCUCUACUUUCCGUAA